AUGAACGUAUUAAGGAUUUUAAUACCGUGCGCGUUGCAGCGAGGGGAAGAAAGUGACGUUGAUAACAGAAGUGGCUGCUGGUCAUCACUGGGAAAAGGACGUGGUAAUGAUGGUGAACGUAUGACCCGUAGAAUGGGAGCAUCGGCCUCUUCAAAUCUUGCCGCUGUUGAACGAAAAAAGAAAGUAACUGGUUUCGCAACUCUGCGGAAGAAGUUCAUCCGGAGACGUCGCUCCUCAAAGGCUUGCGACCACGGCCGAGUGAUACGAGAGUUGGUGUCAACCUGGAGUCCCUUGGAAGCGUCAGCGUUGCUGGAGGAGUACGAAGCUCUCGCUGCGCUGAAAGAUCUCCACGUGCAAGCAGAAUUGGCGCGUCCACCAGCCGCGACCUUCAAGCAGGAUCUGUCGACUCUGUACGACUACAAGCACUGCACAGACGUGGAUCUAGUCUACCGAGGCGCUUGUUUUCCAGUUCAUCGCGCCUUACUAUCAGCGCGGUGCCCUUACUUCCGCGAGCUGCUGUCCGGCUGUCCUGGCUACGGAGCGCGGAUAUGUCUGGAGUUAAGGACACCUAAUCUGGAAAUUCACAUGUUCUCAGCACUACUGCGUUACCUGUACACCGGAGACAUCUGUUCACACGACAGCUCACUGGACCCCAGCCUGUUAAGACGGCUCGGCGAGGAAUUCGGAACUCCCAACCACCUGGAUCACGACUUGCGUUACUUACUGGAGACUGGGGACUACGCUGACGCUGCGUUGGUCUUCACGUCUGACGGAGACUACCAGCGACCUGACAGCGGCAGCUCUGAGUACGGAUUUCGUCCUAAAUUAGAAUUGCCCUGUCACAAAGCGAUCCUCUCAGCCAGGUCGACAUUCUUUCGCAAUCUGAUUCUCCGAAGGACAAGGUCUUGUGAAGACCAUACCGAGCGGGCGCUUCAUAUACCCACGAGAAUUGUCCUCGACGAGAGUGUCAUUCCCAAGAGAUACGCCAGAGUGCUUUUGCAUGCUGUUUACCUGGACACUGUCGAUCUGUCGCUGAUUUUGAGAGGCAGCGGCUGUGGCAGCAGCACUGGCAGUCUCGGGGAAGUUCAAGCUUUGACACACACUGGCCGGAUGCGUCCGAGUCCGCUUGAAGAAGCUAUGGAGCUUUAUCAGAUUGGACGGUUUCUAGAGCUCGAUAUUCUGUCUCAAGGAUGCGAAGACCUUAUUCUAGAGUGCUUAACGCAAGAAUCACUGCCUACUGUCCUCAGGUGGGGAAGUCAGCCUCACGGCUCGGCCUGGGUCCACAGACAAGCCCUACACUUUCUACGAGAAGAGUUCCAAUCGAUAGCUUCCUCGACAGUUCUAUUUCAGCUAGACCAUAUUCACCUGGCUCAGUCUCUCCAGAGUCAUUUUCUCCAGGCAAGUGAGCUAGAGGUGCUGCAGGCUGUGCUCAAAUGGGGCGAACAGGAGCUGGUGAGAAGGAUGGAGGACCGAGAACCGAACAUCCUCAGCCACACCGUUCACUCGGUUACACGUAAAGGCGUCAAAAAGCGCGAUCUCAGUGACAUCGAACUACGUGAAAUUCUGAGUGAACUCUUGCCGCUCGUUAGAAUGGACCAUGUACUGCCGCCCAAUAAUGAAAUUCUUAUGCAGAGUCUAGUCGAAGAACACAUGAUCCAAGAAGCUGAGUUAGUCAGAUUAAGAAGGGCACGAUACAUUCCUGAUAUACCAGAUACUCUGUACAUGGUUGAUGAGAAGCCAAGAUCUAUGGGUACUGCCGGUGUCGACGUACUAGCCGCAGCUCUUCCUGAUGCAGUAACAAUGUCAGCGAUGUUGAAACGCGAACAAAAACUCCGUCAAUCCCCGAGCUGCCAACGCGCAAUGUCUCUACCGUUAUCCUGUCGACAUGAGAUCAGCAGACAAGUUCGACUACGCGUCGUACGUGAAUUUAAUUUACCCGACGCUGUCGCUGAUCUUCUAGAGAAUGCUGCUUGCUACAACGCUGAACAAGAGGAGUCUAUGACAGAUAUGGAAAACUUGGAGCCGGUCAGUACUAAUAGCAUUAAUAUCAGUGGCACUUCUGCAGUCUGUUACGGCCGAAAUAUGACUUUCCCGCGGCCAAACUCGUCCUAUGGUAUUAGACACGAACUUCCUGCUGUUGUUACGGAGGGAGAGAAUUACAGGCUUCCAGGAGAGGGCCAUUUAUCAGGAAUAAUGCCCGACGUAGCAAUGGCCACUGCGUCAUUCGGAGCUCUCCAGCUAGCAGAGCAGCAAGAACUGGAGCUGGAUCUUGGAGACGGCGCGUCUCACCUCCUACAUCCUGUUCCUGGACCUGGUUCCGCCGGGGUUCACCACCCGCUGUUGUCUCACCAGCGUCAGCGACACUACGCCGGGCUUCCACCGCAUCCCUAUAUGUAUCAUCGCUCCAACACCGGUUUGCCUAGAUUUAUAUGA